CUUUGUCCUGGGAUCGGGAAUCCUUCUCCCAGUGAAUUCCUGGCCCGGCAGCUGGGAGAUCUCCAGGGGCGACUGGAUCACCGGCAAGAGGGAUCUGUCCCACUUUCACCGGGGUCUGCGUCAGAGACUCGAUCUGUUCCGGGAUCGAGGACCGGAUCGGAGGAAUCUCCCCGCGGAUCUGAGGCUCGGUCAGAGGGAUCUGUUCAGGGAUCGGAGACAGACAUCGAGCGUCCCAGGUAAGGACCCAGGGAAGGAGCAGCAGACGGUUUGUCGACAGGAGCGUUGGCGAGGAAAUCCUUCCAGGAUGAGGACACUUUGCUUGGCACUGGGGCUUGUCCUUGGCAGCAUUAUAAGUGCAGGCAGCCAGCGGGCGCAAGGAGGGAGGCAUGUCUGCUCAGUGCAAACCAUGCGGGUCCCGCUGGUGUACACCGAGACCUUCAUCCAGCCAGUCUAUAAACCGUACAUCACCAUGUGUGAGGGCUACCGAGUGUGCAGCACCUACAGGACCACCUACAAGACAGCGAGCCGGGAGGUGAGGAGGGAAAUCCUGCAGACGGUGUAUGAAUGUUGUCCAGGAUGGAGGAAGAAACAGGCCCACGUCUCAAACUGUGAACUUGCGAUCUGUGACAAACCCUGCCAGAAUGGUGGCUCCUGUUCCUAUCCAGACACCUGUACCUGUCACCCUGGCUGGACUGGGAGGACCUGCGCCAUAGAUGUUGAUGAAUGCCACACUCGUCUCCCACUGUGUAGCCAGCGCUGUGCCAACACCCUGGGCAGCUACAGGUGCCAGUGUCUCGUGGGGUACACACUGAUGGCCGAUGGGCGAUCCUGCAGGAAAUCGCCAAUGACCACGUCCUGGCCGGUGAUGUCCCCAUCGCCUCUCCCACCAGAUACCACGGAGAUAGGAUCCGAUGGGAUUGGGAACGAGGUGCAGGAAUUCCGCAGCAGGCUGGAAUUACUGGAGCAGAAGAUGCAGUGGACUUUGAGUACAUUUGAACAUUUGAUGCUGACCACAUCGGAUAAGAUGCAUUUGGAUGAUCCCAUGAGUUUGGAAAACACCCAGAAUUUAAUCAGUCACUUUCAGCAGUUAGACCGAAUUGACUCCCUGAGUGAGCAGAUCGCGUUCCUGGAGGAGAGGCUGGAUUUCUGUUCCUGCAAGGAUAGAAACUAGAGUCUCCACCCUGGUUGCUGCGUCCGUUCCCCACUCUACAAAGUCCGGGAGGGUCUCGACUUGUGUCAGGGGCUGUGCCGAUGUGGACCGCUCCCCUCACUCGCACCCACCGCCCCCUCAAACAAUGGUGCUUUGUAACUGCCCUCUGGCACCUCCCACACAGCCCGGGGUCCAAUGAAGCAGGUGUAACAACCUCACCCAACUCUGGGCUGCUCGAAA